CGAGAAAGGCAGGGAGACGAAGCUUCUCUGGUUUCCGAUCUCUGUAGAGAUCCCCGGCGGGUAUGGCGAUUCUGUACGCGCUCGUGGCGAGGGGAUCGGUGGUCCUGGCGGAGUUCAGCGCGACGGCGACCAACGCCAGCGCCAUAGCCAAACAGAUUCUCGGCAAGAUUCCUGGAACUGACGAUAGCCACGUCUCGUAUUCUCAAGAUCGCUAUAUCUUCCACGUCAAGCGCACCGAUGGCCUCACCGUUCUCUGUAUGGCCGACGAGGCCGCGGGGAGAAGAAUUCCAUUCGCGUUUCUAGAAGACAUUCAUCAGAGAUUUGUGAGAACUUACGGCCGCGGUGUUCACUCAGCUCAAGCUUAUGGUAUGAAUGACGAAUUCUCCAGGGUUCUGAGCCAGCAAAUGGAGUACUACUCCAACGAUCCCAAUGCAGAUAGGAUGAACAGACUGAAAGGUGAAAUGAAUCAGGUGCGAAAUGUGAUGAUCGAGAACAUCGAUAAGGUGCUAGAGAGAGGCGAUCGCUUGGAGUUGCUGGUAGAUAAAACAGCCAAUAUGCAGGGGAAUACCUUCCGCUUCAGAAAGCAAGCUCGCCGAUUCAGAAACACGACAUGGUGGAGAAAUGUGAAGCUCAUGAUUGCUCUAAUAAUCCUUCUCCUAGUGGUUGUAUAUGUCGUACUGGCUUUCGUCUGCCAUGGACUUACAUUACCUACUUGCUUGUAGAGAGGGCAAAUGUUGAUUGCGACAUUUUGAUUGGUUCUUUGUGCUUAUAGUGAAAUCGUUUUUCUUAGUGUCAGUUGCUUGCUGCAAGUUAUAUUCAUAACUCCUUUGGCUUUUAAGUUUGCGGUUAGAUUUCGGGUUGCAGCAAUGCGAAGCACUUGAUCGGUAGCUCGCUUGGUCUUUUUUGCUUACACUGGCUCUGGUUAUGGUUUUGUAUGAGAAACGUUGCUUGUUCAACCUUGUAAUCAUCAUCAAGGAGUGAACUUAAAUGGGUGAUGUAAAAAUCUGUCCUGUAUUUGGUUUAGUGGUACUUUCUUUCCAAUCAAUGGGUGAGAACUUUAAGUGGUUUUGGUUUGUAGGUUCAGUCAAUAUAACGUGGGGAGAUCCAGGACAUCCCCCUUGUGUGCAUUUUGUCUAUGCCCGGAACGUCCAGAGAUAAAUUUCAACAGAUUCGCUUCCUAUAAACCCACAACUGAGUAGCCCAGGCUGUCCAUGGUGAUUCAAACCAAUGAGAGAAGUUUGGAUUCGUCAAACUUAAUUCGACAGAAGUAGUGGUGAUCAAUGUGGUCAUCGACAAUAGAACGAUGAUGAUCCCUGCACCCACCUUCCAUCAUGGGGAUCUGGUAAUGGUUGUGCCUUCUUGUAUGCAAAGAAUCAUACUUCGUGUGCGAUUUGUGGAACCGGUUGUUCUCAGAGUCAAUGGAUGGUUGUGUUGCAGCUCAAUUUCAAAUACCCUCCGAAUUUUGGAUUGACAACCGGUUCUCGUUUCAAGUCUCGGGUUGUUUGCCCCAUGCUUAUUCUUGAAACCCGAAAUCUUGCUCCAUGGCGUACGCAUUGUUGAAGUCAUGAGCUGAAUCGAACUCCAGACCCACAUUAGGAGGAGCCGGUUUGUGGCUCUUCUUGACUCUUCAAGUAUUUCUCAUCGUCACCAUAUUCUGCCACAUUACUACUGUCUAAUGCUGCCUCACUAUAGUAACUUCUUCCAUCCCAGACAAUCUAUAGCGUUUCGAGGCAUAAGUAAGCAGGAACUUCGAAACCCGUCCCACGAUUUCGACAAUGCACACUGCCACUGGUUGCCGAUCUCAAGGGUGGGAUAGAAUGAACUCCUAAAGAAACAUGGUCGCAGAUUUCAGACAUCGCAACCGAUUUCUCACGGUAUGAAGAGUAAAGAAGAUGUGACUAAUUUCUCGCAACUGGGUAAGUUCCCGUUACAGAAUCAAGCAAUUGUCCUGACUCCUGAGUUGAAACCCUAAUUACUCGAACAGAUGCAAUCGAAAGUUGAGAGAAACCUGGGAUUCGGUGAAACAGACUCUGAAAGGUGGGAGUGAGCGGUCGGAAGGGAGGGACAGAGUCACGGCAACCUAGUUGGCUGGAAAGAAAUGUUUAGAGUGACG